GGGUGCGUGCGUAUCACGACAAAAUAACGGGAGCUGGUGGACUGAUAACGCGAUCUCGUCCGUUGUAACUUUGAUUAAAUGCACUAUUUUAAAUAUUUCAUAUAUAUAAUAGAUUGGCGGAAGAUUUACACUCAAAGUUGUGCGUUUAGACUAUAGAUGCAUGCUCGGUUUUUCCUUUGACAGUUUCAGUGCUGAAGCAGUUAAGGUAAUAAAAUAAUAAGCGUAUAAAGAUGAAUACAGUCUAUUGGGGUUGAAAGUCGUUUCUAUUGAGGAUACAUGAGGCAAUUUAGACACGAAGCAUAUAUGAAAUCGAUAUAAUCAUCCAGCCGACGAGGAGGAGGUGGAGAAUUUUGGAUUUGUGCCUCUUCAAGAGAAGCAAGGUGCGGUUCAAACUAUCAUUAUGUUUGCAUGCAUUCCUCAAUAUUUUAUUUUUCAUCGCCAUUCGGAUUAUGUUUAGUAACGCUCUGUAUUGCGGUAUUAAGCACAGAUGUUGUCACGUAUAUGGUCAGGUUGCGCAGGAUUUUGUGGAGUCCCAUCCCAUCUGUGAGGUGCACGAGUAGACUCUCCCAAAAACGCAGCGGUCUAGUGCGCAUUCUCCCAUUACAGCCCAACUAACGCAUGUAAAUGUAUUAUUUUAGAGAGCUUUAUCAGCUGGAUAAUUUAAAUGUAAAAUGAAGUAUUUCUGACGAGGACAGGUAUUUAAACGGUAUUUUUAAAGUAUGAAUCCAAAAUAAUGUCAUGCAAAAUAAAUCUGUAAACAGAUAUUUGUUUAGCUCGAUUUUUUUGUCAAAUCUCUUUGUGCAGAAUUCACUUUGAAGAGUUUUGACUGUUGAAAGGAAUUUCUUGUUUUCACAUUAACUCGCCAACUUGAUAACAAGGAGCCAACUCAGAACCGGACAUAAAUGUUAAAUUGAUGCAUUUUUAUGACAAAUUGUGAAAUAUGACGAUUUUUAGGACACCGUGCUGAGUGAUCUUGAUGUCCAGCGAGAGACAGACUGCUCUGUUUGUUCUGUAAAGCCAUGUCUUUAUGGUAUCUUAUCAUAUACACUUCACUUAAUCUCUUCUUUACCAUUGAUCUCUGCACCUCAAUGUACAGCAUAAUGGAGAAAAAGCUGUAUGUAAGUUUUAUUUAAAUCCAAAUGAUACUUGUUUUUUGUGUUUAUACAUUUUAUGCAUAAUUUGCAUUAAUGUUAAUAAUUAGUUUAUUACACUAGCUUAUUUUUUAGUUUCGAGAGAAAACACGGCCUCUCUAACUUUAGAAGUGUGUGCAUGAUAAGGCAGUUUUGUUUGGCAGCAUGUUAACACUACAUCAUGUGAUUUCAGGAACUGUUUAGUUGUACAUUGUUUAAUAGGAAGUGCAUCAUUGUGAUAAACCACAGCUGAGUGUUUUGCAUCUCAUUGCAGUAAAUGUCAAGCUGCUUUAGCGACAUAUUACUUAUUUAAAGGUUAUUUUUGACCUUCAUUUACAAUAAAUGUAGACACUGAAUUAAACAAUCAGUGGUUAAAAGUUGCCAUUGACCUUCACUUGUAGUACGUGUAGACACCAUGAAUUGAACAGUCGGCGGUGAAAAGUUGCCAUUCGCUGUGGGAUAAUCUGCCAUUCCCUUGUCAUAAUCUCAUAACCAUGGUCUUAAUGGAUGUUACUAAGGUGUUCUUCCAUGGGAGGAACCUCCUCUCAAGUUUCUAUUAAUGUACUUUCUCUGGAGAUGGUUGUGCUUGCUCAGGCAGAAAGACGCUCAUGCUGAAUUCACUUAGCGGAGAAAAGGAGUCAUCCCUGGCGGUAGGAAGAAAGAGAGAGAGAGAGAGAGAGAGAGCAUGAGCUUUCUGUUUUAAAAGCUAAAUGGAUGGUAUGAAAGGCAAAGGCAGCAGCGUGGAGAUGCAGGCAUGCCUGUCUUGCCCAAAGAACAAGAGAAAGAAUGGCUGGGUUGACUAAUUGUGUUUUAAAGUGGGUCUGUGGGUACACAAUAGGGAAUCAGAUGGUUUUUAAGCUCCCCAGUGCAGCUCUAGAGGAAGAGAGAGUUGUCAGAUUUGUAGGUCAGGCUGCAGGGGUUGUUGUCAGGCAGACUCACAGCAGUAUAGGUGCUUUCAUAUUGAGGGAUUUGCAUGACACUUAUAAUUUCUGUUAUAUUUUAAUUAGGGUUACAUACGCUUUCAUUAGUUUACAACCCCCGUGCACCCCUUCCUUUUCAUUUAUGUAUAAGUUGAGUGGUACCCGGUGAAACUGCAAGCAAAGAUCUUGGGGAACUCGUAGCUAGAGGAAGUGAGAUAAGACCGUAAUUGAUUUCACACUUUACAGGGCAUUGUGCAAGCACAUCUUUAUUCCCAUCUGAUCUUUGGAGAAGGCUGACCCGGUUUCACUGUGUUACGUUGGAGCGGGCCGAUCCGGAGGGACCUGUCCCUUACUGGUGCUGAUCUAAGGUUGCGAGGAAGGAGGGCACGAAACGCGUCCCUUCAUCCCCGAUCCAUCUCGCACCCUUGCCGUGCGAUUCUCUUAAAUAUUUGUAGGUCAUCCCGCACCUCUCCCCUUCCAUUUUUGGCGAAAAGGGCUGCCGGGGAUAUUUUGUCCCAGAAAAAAAAUAAUUAUCAGCCCUCCCUAAUUCUCAAUGAUUAUGAACAGGCUUAUUUAAGACGAAGGAUCAUGGUGGCUCGUGGUGGGAUGCACGUUGGAUUGAAACAGCAACGGGAAGUUGACAAGGAGUGCUACCCGCUGGCCACAGCUGAGGGCAUACAGGGCAGAGAGCUCGGGAGUCUGCUCCGCUGGGGUUAAAGUGUGCAGUGUGCACUACUUCCUGCCGCAGGUAGAGCUGUCACAGUGCACUGCCGAGCUGUGUCAGACACUUGCUGUGUCCUUGCCUCACUGCUGCCAGAGCUGCGAGAGCUGGAUAUCACAAUCUUUCUCACGCGAGCGCCUAGGAAUCGUGUGUCCUGCCACCACCAUGGAGAAGUGUUGUUCCGAGUGCUCAGAGCUCAGAAUGGCACAGAGCUUGUGCACCUUCUGCAACAAGUGGCUGUGUUUCCAAUGUACUGACCUGCAUCAGCAUGAGAGGACCUCCACUCAACCUGCCGACCUGCAGCAUCAGCAGAGAGACCCUCCAUUACCAUCAGAAAUAGGAGCCGGUUGUUGCGGGCAGGCUGUUGUCAUGUGUCCUCUCCAUAAACAGGAGCCUUUGGAACUGCUCUGCGAAACGUGCGACCUCAUGGCCUGCAGCAUCUGUCACCUGUCCGCCCACAAAGACCAUCGGCUGGUGCGUGUAGGGAAGGCACUACAAGACCAGCGCUGGCUCCUGCAGAACCUCAUGGCACGGGUGGAGGAGAAGAGAUCAGCGGUGGAGCGCACGGCCAAACAGGUCCAGGGCAGGCUCCACGGUAUAAAGAUCACGCAGAGGAAGGCGGAGAACCAGAUUAAAAUGGCAAAGAUGAUUAUGAUGAACGAGCUUAACAAACGGGCCAACCUAUUAAUAGAACAACUGGAGAGUAUCUCCAGUGAUUUCAAGCAACGUCUGGAGGACCAGCUGCAGGGGGCCAUAGAGCUGUGCAGCCAGUUGGAGCACGUGCAAAACUUCAUUACCUGGGCUACAGCCCACCACAGACACAAUCCACUGCUUUUCAGCAAAGAGCUGAUUGCUCUUCAGAUGCAGCAAUUGCUGGAGCCACUGAUGCUGUCAGAAUCCUGGGCCCCAUUGAAAAUCAAGUUCAAUUGGGAUGCCAGUUUCUGGACCAAACAGAUGUCCACUUUAGGUCAGCUGGUGGUUGAGGGCGGAAGUCGUUCGUACACUGAGAUCGUCGGUCACCCUAGUAUCCUGCGACCUCAGCCUGUUCCUUGCAUAGCCAUGCCUCCUAUGUGCCACGCGGUGCGGGAACCUGGCUGUGCCUACCAGACCUUCUGCCAGCCCCAACUCUGCUGCCUGCACUGCAGACCAACCCAGUCGGUUCCUUUGGACAAGUACUCUGUAACCCUGGACAAAUACCCUGUUCAGUGUCCACACGGCAACAGUCGGAGCUCCCCUCCAUCCCUCCACAGCUGUUGGGAGACUGACGCAUCUGUCCCAGUGCACACACACGGAGCUCAGCCUAUACAGCAGUCCACCUCUCACUCUAGAUCUGACCCAGUCCCACAUGGAACCAGCUCUGCUUUGCCUCGCCAACCGACGGUAUCCAACAGCCGCCCGCUGGCCGAACCGCUCCCUGCUGAUCAGACUGUCACCGAUGCGAUAAUAUCUGAUCCCUGUGGGAAAGGACAAACAGUGGCAUCCAGAGCAGCUACAUCACCAGAACCUUCACCAAACAGAGACCCUUUGCAGGUCCAGAAUCAUACUCAAGUGCAGACGACCACAGAAACCAGCAACCAACCCAUGCUUGAACUGCAGCCUAUAUUUGAUCGUAUCGAUGAAGGCAGGAGAUCCUCGGGUCCGGUGAUGUUUCCGCUGGCUCAAGGCCGGGAAGGUGAUGGCCAGAGCCAACCCGCUACGGAGGCGAUGACCAGGUCUCAAAGCAGCCCGGCAGGAGGAGCUUCUUUGGAGGCAAGAGGAGCUCUUAAGGGGCCCUCUAAAGACAGGCCGAGCAGAGAUGCUCAUAGCCUGGCAACAGUGACUUGGGACCAAGGAUGUUUAACGCAGCAGCAGAUCUGCCCACGGCUCAUAGAGACAGAGGAUGGUGCUGAGAUCAUCCCAGGACCUCAGCGUUCAAGCGGUCACAGUGAAUCCUCUCAGACCACUUACAAGUCUGAGCCAGAACUUUUCCUGUUUUCAGAUAAUGUGUAUGGAUUUGCCUAUGAAAAGAAAAGAAAAACUAGAAAGAGAAAGAGAGUAUCAAGAGAAGAUAUAGACAACAGUGACAAAGAAGCUUCUGAUAGUUCCAAGGUUCCAGUUGUGUGCCUUGAGAGACUCAAGAUCCUGGUGUCAAGACAUCCACCACAGAGCCAUCAGAAUACAGACCUCUCAUCAGAAACCCCAGAGUCUGGACUUAAACCUGAAAGAAGGCUGUUAGAGAGAGAAGCACCUUCUCAGGAAAUAUUGAGCCAGGAGUCAGGUCAGUCAGGGGACAGCGUGAUGCCUGCAGAGCAGCCUUCAUCUGAACAUUUGCAUAGCUGUGGAUCAUCUCACACCCCUGAGGUUUCUCAGCCUGCCGUGCAUGAAUUACACAACAUAAACCAAGAGUCCGGGAAUCUGUCCACCUCCAGUGAUGCCGACCCUGCCCUACAACCUGACACAGAAGAGAUUCACUCUGAUCCUCCAUCUGAACCCAGAUCAGUAACAGCGUGUGACUUUCAAACUGAUUCCACAACAGAGGCUGAACUGGGUUUAGAUGCAGAUGUGGAAUCGGAGCUCCAUCCGGAAUCAGAUCCAAUCGCUGAAUCCGAACUUCAAGCAGAAUCUGAGUCAGAUCUGGUGUCGGAGCGGCCUCCCGAAUCGGCGCCAUCAACUUCUGAACAGGAUCUCGAAUCAGAUCAAGAUUCCACAGCUGAAGUGACUCUGAACCUUGACUCUGAAUGGGAGGCGGAGGAGGCCAUCCUCCCGCCUGACACCAGCUCUGAGACAGUAUCAGAUGCUGCUGCUGUACCCAAAUCUUCGGAGGAAAGACCUGAGAUCGAAAACGAGGACUUCUGUGCAGUCUGUCGCAUUGGAGGAGACCUUCUGUGUUGUGACCGCUGCCCCAAAGUCUUUCACCUAUCGUGCCACGUACCCCCACUGCACAGUUUCCCCACAGGCGACUGGAUUUGUUCCUUGUGCUGGGAUGCGGAGCAGCCAGAGGUGGAAUAUGACUAUGAGAAUGUGCAGAUGUCCACAGGCACGGUGCCAUAUGGACUGUCGGCAUGUGACCAGAGGAAGUGUGAGAAGUUGACGCUGAUGAUCCUCUGCAACAUUCUCAGUGGACCGUUUCAUGAGCCUGUCAGCCCACUGGCACGUCAUUAUUAUCAGAUCAUCAAAAAGCCCAUGGACUUGUCUGUCAUUCGGAACAGGCUGAACAGUAGCAGCCACAUGCACUAUCAUUCCCCUGAAGAGUUUGUCGCUGAUGUCCUACUGAUGUUCAAAAAUUGUGGCAAGUUCAACUAUCCUGACUCAGAGGUAGCUCAGGCAGGGUGCAGUUUGCAGGCAUUCUUCAUCUCUAAACUAAGGGAAGUCUUCCCAAAUCUGAGAUGCCCUGUGCAGGAGGAGGAGAACACAGACAGUGAGGAUUACGAGGAGCUGGAGAGAGCUGUUGUGAGCGGAUUUCCCUGGCCGGAGAGAAAGGAGCAGAGCCACAGGAAGAGGAAGAGGAGACCGUCUCUCAACUGGAGGAAAAAUCACUACUAGUCGUGCCUCUAGUUUGUAAAGAGACAUUAACAGCAGUUACAUCACUUUUGUAAGAUUCGUGUUAGAAUUCUGUACAGUACUAUGUGCUCUUUCGGCAGACUAUCUAAUUCUUGACACAUUAUAACCAGAUCUAAUUCAUGUUUUUUGCUGUAGCUGUGUUCACAUUAAGCCUAUACUGUAUCUCCAGACUUUUUCAAAGGUCUUGCACUAGUGCGUGUUUUAAUGCCUAUAUCAAAUUGCACAUUCAGUUUGAUAGCUGACUGGUUGCUGGCAACUGCUACUUAGUAAAUAUAUAAAGGUAAUGUUAAUAAUUAAUAGUGUAUAUUUGGUUAAUAUGUUCUCUGUCUUUUUACCUAAAAAUCCUUUUUACAGAGAUAUAGUACCAUUGCCAGCUGAUGUUUAACUGUGAUUUAUUUGACCUGUAGAGGGAGCACUUCAUAUAGCCAGGGGAAACACAUUAGUUCAUAUUGGACUUUUUUAGAAUAUAGGUACAUAAUGUGAUACCCAUGGCCCCGUCCUAGACGGCAAGGAAAGUAAUAUUACACAGUUGCUCCAUUAUGUGAUGUUUUGGAUUGAUCUGAUGUUCACUGACAGAAGUAUCCAAUCUUAUCACAAGAAUGAUUUUAAUAUCCUUAUAUGUUCUUCUGUGUGGCUCAUAAACAAGUUAAUUGUAUCUCUUGUGAUUUUGUUAAGAUACUCCUAAUUGCUUAAGUAGCUGUGCAGAAUAAUCUUAAAUCGUUCUCUAAUAAUAUUUCCUAUCUUUAGCAGAAUUGUCAGGAUUUAGUCAGGUAUAAUGGUGUCAAUAUGGUAUCCACAAAUGUUUUUUUCCCUUGCUGUACAUAACAAUCAAUCAGCAUCACAUUUUGCUGUUAUCGCCUUAAAAGUCUUUACUGCUUUAUCACCAAUUGGCCGAGAGUAGUAAUUAGAGGUUUUUUUAAUUUACCUUGUUUUAUUGCAUAAUCACCAUGCAAGUAAUUUAUUUGAGAAAAACAUCUGUAAUAUCGUCUUAAGGCUAUAUGUAACACACACACGUUACAUUGUUAUAAUUAUUAUCAAGACUUUCCAUUGUGUUUUGGGGUUUUAUGAUUUUUAUAAUGACCUAAAGAUAUUUUCUAACCCAAGCACUAAACCUAACGAAGCAAACAUAUAAAUGGCUCCAGAUUGUUGAGAUCACUCAAUCUGAAGGUAAUCUUCUAUUUAGAGGUGUUGCAAAGUCUGGUGCUUGGCUCGUAUAUGGCUCAGCUUGGCAAGCAAAAACUAUGCCUCCUUUCAACAAAUUUGUUACAGGCCGGUUGCAACAAAUUUUUCUAAUUUAAUUAUCCUUGCAAGGAACUGAUUAAACCAUCAUGUCAACAAGCAAAACGUUACUUGUAGAAAUAUUGCUUUAAGCACAUGAGAGCUACAGAAUAACCGAGUUGGUAUUGGUCAUAGUGGAUAUUUGACUUACUGGUUUUCUUGUAUAGGAUUUUAUCUGUCUUUUAUCUCUCACUGAAACUACUUGAGAUUCCUAAAACUGUAUUGUGUGUGUGGAGUUCUAACAGAUGAAUAAAGUCUGGCUAUCCACCAGCACUGAAGGCCAUAAGCCAAGAAGAGGGCCCUGGAUAAUUUCAUUACAAGCGAAAAACAUUCUGUGGACAUCUUGGCCGUCUACACCAAUAUCAAUAUGAGUUUUUUCCACUUUGUGUUUAAUAUGUAAAAACAAAACCAUUGACUCUGCCAGUAUCUUCUGUACCAGGGUAACAGGACACUGUUUUUGUAAAGAUGCUAUACAAUCAAGACGUAUUUUGACAUUAAACAUCAGUUUGAUUUA